CCGCCAACGAGACUUUACACAGAUGUGUUUCAGGCGUGAUCAGUUGAGGCGGUGGGACUUCGUUCGCGCAGCGGGAUCAACUUCUUUCAGAGGAUCUACCGUCUCCUAUUCGGACAACUUGAGUUCAAUGUAACAGGCAUCGUAAGCAGCGUAGGUCAAGGUGAUCGGGGAGUUACUUUGUGGUAGAAUUGAACACAUUUAGACGGGGUUUUAAACGCAGAAGAAAAUGCCUGUAGCUUCUCUCCUGCCUUUCACGGCCACCCCGAAUAGGAAGUCCGCCAGCCCGACCUCCUUCAGGCUCACGGAGAAAUUCAUCCUGCUUUUAGUGUUCAGCGGCUUCAUCACCCUGUGUUUCGGAGCUAUCUUCUUCUUGCCGGAUUCCUCGAAGCUGCUCAGCGGAGUUUUCUUCCGCUCGUCGUCGGUGGAGGCAGAGACGCGCACAGGUACGGUCAGUGACACAAGCACCGGGACGGGCAAGGAUGAGAAGAUCCUGGCCAAGAUCAGAAAAGACCACGAAAAGGCGCUGAUUGAGGCCAAGGACACCCUACAGAAACGGCCGGACGAGAUCAAGCAGGACAUCAACAGCGACAAGGCGAAACUUGUGCAGAACGGACAGGGGAAAGGAGCGAAAGCUGACAGCUUGCCGUUCGUUCAGUACGCGCGGCCGCCUGGAGCAACAGGGCACGAACCCGCCGAUCCUGACGUUAAAGCGAAAAGAGCCAAGAUUAAAGAGAUGAUGCAGUUUUCUUGGGAUAAUUACAAGCGCUACGCCUGGGGCUCCAACGAACUGCGUCCCGUCUCUAAGCAAGGCCACUCCAGCAAUUUGUUUGGUAGUCUCAAAGGAGCCACCAUUGUGGAUGCGCUGGACACGCUCUACAUUAUGGAGAUGUAUGACGAGUUUGAGGCUGCUACCGAGUGGGUGGAAAUGAACCUAGACUUUAACAUGAAUGCCGAAAUCUCCGUCUUUGAAGUGAACAUCCGUUUUGUUGGAGGCCUGCUGUCCGCCUAUUAUCUCUCAGGCAAAGAGGUGUUCAGGAGGAAAGCUGUUGAACUAGGAGAGAAGCUGUUGCCGGCUUUUAAGACCCCGACUGGCAUCCCUUGGGCUCUUCUGAACCUAAAGAGUGGGAUUGGCAGAAACUGGCCAUGGGCAUCAGGAGGAAGCAGUAUUCUCGCCGAAUACGGGACGCUGCAUUUGGAGUUCAUGCAUCUCAGCGAGCUUUCCGGGAGACCAGUUUUUGCCGAGAAGGUAAUGAACAUCAGAAAGGUGCUGAAUCGACUGGACAAACCUCAAGGGUUGUACCCGAAUUAUCUGAACCCUAACAGUGGACAGUGGGGCCAGCAUCAUGUCUCGGUUGGAGGCUUGGGGGACAGUUUCUACGAGUACCUGCUGAAGGCCUGGCUCAUGUCAGACAAAACUGACGAGGAGGGAAAGAAGCUUUACUACGAUGCCCUGCAGGCGAUUGAGAAGAAUUUGAUCCGUAAGUCAAGCGGAGGGUUGAUGUAUAUCGCUGAAUGGAAAGGCGGACUCCUGGAGCAUAAGAUGGGUCACCUGACCUGCUUCGCCGGUGGUAUGAUCGCUUUAGGGGCGGACGGAGGCCCCGAUGAUAAGACGGGUCACCAGAUGGAACUGGCGGCUGAGAUCGCCCGCACGUGUCACGAGUCUUACGCCCGGACAAGUAUGAAGCUGGGGCCCGAGGCCUUCCGUUUUGACGGCGGUGUAGAAGCCAUUGCCACACGGCAAAACGAGAAGUACUUCAUCCUGAGGCCAGAGGUCAUCGAGACCUACAUGUACAUGUGGAGGUUCACCCACGACCCCAAAUACAGACAGUGGGGCUGGGAGGCGGUGCAGGCUCUGGAGAAGUACUGCAGGGUGGAAGGGGGUUACAGUGGAGUGAGAGACGUCUACGCUAACACUCCCAACCAUGAUGACGUGCAGCAGAGCUUCUACCUGUCCGAAACACUCAAGUAUCUGUAUCUUUUGUUCUCCGACGAUGACCAUUUGCCCUUCGAACAUUGGGUGUUCAACACGGAGGCCCAUCCUCUUCCCGUCAUUAAGAAACAGAAUGUAGAAAUAGCAAACCAUAUCAAGUAAUCUUCAUCCAACCCCAAAGCGCCACUGAGACGUAAUUUUCUGGACCUGCUUUAACAGUGGACAAGAGCUAUGGACACAAAACCCCUGUGGCUGGAGAGUUCCUGUCCUCCAGGAAUUUGCUGGAGCUUCAUGUGUUUCUCCACAGCCUUCUCUCUUCUUCCAUCUCUUCUCGGGAUUCUGCAUGCUGCCCCUGUUCCCUCUCUCUGUCCUUGAUGCUGAGACCAUAUUUCCUCUGUGAGGAGACCGGACCAGAUCGUUUUCCAUCGUACUUGCCCUCUCACACACGUUAUAAAGCCAUAGGUAAUUCAAAUUGCAUCGACGUCCUUGUGUUUUUUGCAUCAUGUGCGUUUACAGGAGCGAAGAUAAGAGAUAUCCACUGAACUUCGCCGUAUCUUGCUGUCCGUUUCUUUCGGGAUGAGGUUUGGUUCGGUGUUUUGAGGCUUUAUUCGACAGCAAGGUAGUGAAACCAAGUCAACUAGUGCCUUUUAGUCUUACUGAUCAUUUUAGUCAAGUUUUAAUAGCAACACUCUAUUUAUUUUCGCUGUGACCGAAGGUAUCUUCCUACUGGCCUACAGCCCUUACCCUCGUGAUGGAUGUAAGAAUCAGUUGUUUAUUGUUCAUUCCUCUACAUUUGUGAGCUUACUUUUUCAUAAAAUGUGUACAAAAUGUGUUUUGAUUGUUUACUUAAUCAACGGAGGCAGAGACUUUUUAUCCUAGACAUGUAAAAUAGAGUACUUUGUGUUAAUUUAUUACUCAAGACAUAGGGUUUUUGUCUUUUUUCAGUGUGAGGGGCAGGAAACUAUGGAGCCCCUAAAGGAGACAUGAUAAUAGGAAAAAAUAUGAUGAGAGGGAUAAAUUACAUUUCAAUGCUUUUGCGUUCCCUUGCAAAACUAAUGCUUUUUCCCGAGAAGCUUUGUGUUCACUCACAAACACACUGAAAUAUAAUUUUUCUUUCUAUAACUUUUUUUUUUUAUCAAAAAAAAUUUGCACACAAAUUCUGAAUUUUUGUGAGUUAUUGGAAAUUUUUAUUUUUUAUUUUUUUGCUAAACUUUUGCGAGCAAACACAAAAGUGUCACGAGUAAAUGCAAAAGUUCCUCUGUGAAAUGCAAAAGUUUUUGUGAGCGAACGCAGUUUCUCUGUGGAACACAAAACGUUUUGAGCGCGAACACAGAAGUUUUACGAACAAGCGUAAAAGUUUCUCUGUGGAAUACAAAAGCUUUUGUAAGUGAACACAAAAGUUUCACAAAUGAGAGCAAAAUUUUCUCUGUGGAACGCAUACGUUUUAUGAGUAGAUGCAAAAGUUCCUAUGUGGAAUGCAGACGUUCUUGUGAGCAAAAGCAAAAGUUUCUCUGCGGAAUGCAGGUUUGCGAUCAAACACAAAAAAUUCACGAGUGAAUGCAAAAGUUUGUCUGUGGAACGAAAACGUUUUUUUGAGCGAACGUAAAGUUUCUUUGUGGUACGCAAAACUUUUUGUGAGCGAAUGCAAAGGUUUUGCGAACAGGCACAAAACUUUUGCAAGCAAACACAUUUUUCCGAGGGAAUACAACGUUUUGUGAAUUAACAAAGGUUUUGCGAGCAAACGUAAAGUUUCUUAAAGUAACAAACAUUUUUGUGAGUGAACCCAAAAGUUUCUUGAGGGAAUGCAAAGAUUUUGUGAGAACACAGAAGCAUUGAAAUAUAAUUUUUCCUCCCAUGUAAUCACCAUGUCCCUUUAGGAGCUCUGUUGUAAACCGCGAUAAAGCUGCUUGAAUCCAUUGGAAAAGUGUUUUAUUAGGACAACACCGGCAGCAUCAGUCAAAAAGGGGAGUGAAUAUAUUUGUAUGAAUGUACCACCAAAUGUGAAUUGAACAUACUUUGGCCUAGUUGUUGUGAUUUUAUCGUUUUAUCUCUUUGUUUAUUUGUUCAUUAGUUCGUCUGAUUGAUCAUGAAAGCACAAAGUUGUGAAUCAGUAUAUUUGGGUUCUCCAUGAAGAAAAGAAUAGGAAUAUUACUGUAGGACAACGUGACAGCACAAGUGAGGAAUUUUGAAGAAAAAAAAGAUGCAAAACAAUGAAUGCAAAGCAGUCCAUGGCACUGGAUACAACACACACACA